AUGAAACGGGGAAACUGGGCGGAGAGGAUUAAGUUGGUAGAGAAGCGUGCACAGUUUUUCCAGCAGACCCCGAUAUGCUGCCCUUACAAACCGCGGCUAUCACGCCCGUGGCAGCCCUCUUCUGUCUGGAGACUCUUCCCACGCCAGAGCCCUGCGGUCGCUUUCAGUCAGACCUGUAAGGAGGAUGUACAUGUCUUUGCUCUGGAAAGGGACCAGGCAAAUGGGGGACAGAGAAUCUAUCUGGUGACCAGCUACAGCGAACUUUGGCAUUACUACAAAACCUACCGUGAGUCUCUCAUGCACUGCUAUGAGGUCAUUCCUGAAGGAGCCGUGUGCAAACUCUACUUCGAUCUGGAGUUUGAGAAGGCAGCCAACCCAUGCAGAGAUGGAAAAGAGAUGGUGGCUUCACUUAUUGAGUACGUGUGUGAGAAACUGGAAGAAUUCUACGGUUUAAAGAGCUCCAGCAAAGAUGUUCUGAACUUAGACUCCAGCACCCCUCAGAAGUUUAGCCGCCAUCUCAUCUUCCUUCUGCCCAAUGCUGCAUUUAAAGACAACGCCCACGUUGGGCGGUUUAUCCAUAUGAUUCUUCAGACUGAAAUUCAGACCCUGCAGAGAAAGAGAAGUGGUAGCCACGUCCACCGCGGCGCGGAGAAUGUUCCGGAGAGUCCGCCGUCUAAAAGAAGGAGAGACGGAGAGAGGGAUCUUAGUUUCCUCGUGGUGAAAAACAAAGAUGGCCACGACCAGCUGUUUGUAGACCUCGGCGUCUACACAAAGAACAGAAACUUUCGCCUUUACAAGUCGACCAAGUGUGGGAAGAACGCCGCAUUCACCGUCGCCCAGGACAACAGAUUCGCCCCCCCGCCCGACAAGCAAACCACCGUCGAGGAGUCCAUAUUUCUGUCCUCUUUAAUCACCAAUGUGAGUUUCACAGGGCAGAGGAUUCUGACGUGUGAUGUUCCUCAUAAGGAAGAGGCUCAGGGCCUCCAGAGCUGCUCUGCUCAGCAGACCUCCACAACCAUCUCAGAUGUAAGUGGCGACCAGCAGUGUUCCCCGUACAGAGAAGUGGACGACUUUGUGAGGACGCUGGUGUGCAAAGAUGGCAUUGAAGGAAGCAUCAGGAGAUGGAGCUACUUUGUGUCCGAGCAGCUUCUGGUUUAUGACAUCCUGAACUAUCGCUGGUGUCUCAACAUUGGCCGCCAACACAAGAGUAACAACAUCAUGAUCCUGGUGGAUUUGCGAGAGGAGGUGUGGUAUCAGAAGUGCCACGACCCGGAAUGCAGGAGGCAGAACUUCAGGUCGUCCAGUUAUCCACUCCCUGAGGAGGUGUGCAUGAGUCAUAUGCUGAAGGAGGAUGAAGACGACCAGCAGUUCCUGAUGGAUGAGGCGGGGAACAUAGAGUUGAGUCAGAGGCCCGCAGUUCCCGGGGCCUCAGGUCCAGGAGAUGGGGUGUCUGCCACAGCGGACGCCCGGUCAGGAGACACCGAGGCCUGGGACGACUGUCCCGACGACUCCUGCUACCUGGAGGCUCUGGAGGAAGUGGAGCGGAAUGUGGAGGAGGAGGUUUCAGAUGAUCUCCUCAUCCAGGCUGUGGCUAAAUAUGAAAACGGAACAGAAUGA